CCAACUCAAGAAAUACGUGGCCCUCAGCAUAACAAGCAGCAAAGAAACAGACAAUCGUGAGAUUAGAACCCUGAAAAUUUCACACUUAGUUUGGUUUGGGUAAUAGUUUGAAGACGAAGAUGGAAGGUAGCAAUCAUGCUUGUAGAAUUUGUAGCCGGAAAUUUUCUUCAUCUGCUGCUCUUGGAGGUCAUAUGACACGUCACCGUCCAGAUAAUUCGCGUAGAAAUCAUACUUGUAGAUUUUGUAACCGGAAUUUUUCUUCAAAAUCUUCUCUUCGAGGUCAUAUGAAUGGCCAUCGUCGAGAGAGAGACAAUGAGAAAUAUGAAGAGGCAAAGGCUCGUCUUGAACAGAAUUCUUGGAAGCCGAGCAAUCAACAUGUAGCACCUCAAAAUUAUGCAUCCAUCCCAGGAGGAGUGCAGACACAAGUCCAGAAUGUAGGUGGAGGAAACUCAGUAGUUGGACCAUCUUUACCUCAAGCUGGCUAUCCAUCUUCACUGUCAACAUAUUCAAACCAGAAUGUAGGCGGAGGAAAUUCAGGAGUUGGAACAUCUUUACCCACAUCAUAUUUGAACCAGCAACAGCAAGAUCAUAUCAAUUCUCAAAUGAGGGAGAGAUACCCAUCUCACCAUAAUCAUCAAAGGAGGGAGACAUAUCCAUCUCACCCUAAUCCAUCUCCAGUCUCAACAUAUUCAAACCAGAAUGUAGGUGGAGGAAUUUCAGGAGUUGGACCAUCUUUACCUCAAGCUGGCUAUCCAUCUUCAUUCUCAACAUGUUCAUAUCAGAACGAAGGCGGAGGAAUUUCAGGAGUUGGAUCAUCUUUACCCACAUCAUAUUUGAACCAGCAACAGCAAGAUCAUACUAAUUAUCAACAGCAACAGCAAGAGUUUGCUCAAAACCCAGGAGAUCUCUUAUAUUAUCAAACCAUCAUACGAGGAGUGCAGACACAUGUUGAGCUAUCUAGUCCAUCACAAGUCCAGGCAUGGCCUCAAGCUGGCUGCUCAUCUUCACUCUCAACAUAUUCAAACCAUAAUGUAGGUGGAGGAGUUUCUGGAGUUGGAGCAUCUUUACCCACAUCAUAUUUAAACCAGCAACAGCAAGAUCAUAUUAAUUAUCAAAUGAGGGAGAAUGUAGGUGGAGGAAUAUCAGGAGUUGGACCAUCUUUACUCACGUCAUAUUUGAACCAGCAACAGCAAGAUCAUAUCAAUUAUCAAAUGAGGGAGAGAUACCCAUCUCGCCCAAAUCAUCAAUUGAAGGAGAUUUAUACAUCUCUUCCUUACCAAAGGAACAACAAUCUACAAAUAGGAGGAGGAGUAUCUUUUGUUAACAAUUCAGGAAUAAGUGGACCUUCUCUUCCCAUGAACAGCCAUUUACAAAUAAGAGGGCCCUCUUUUCCAACUUUUCAAGGAGGCAAUCCAAAUCUUGUUGUGGGUGGAUAUGCAGCAGCAUCAGCAUCUGAGCAACAGCAACAGUUUUUGAGUGUGGAUCCUUCUCAGCAAGCCAUUCAUCAGCACUGGCCUCGCCUUCUUCAACCAUCAGCGCCAUCAUCCGCAACCCAUGAAAAUGAUGAGCUUAUUCCCUGGAGAAGAGAACACAACAGUUAGGUCAAAAAGAAUGUGAACGCAUAAAGAAAAUGCUGCCAUGUAUGCCUAUCUGUCAAAGUGACGUGCAGUUAUGUGAAUCAAGAAAUGGGGUAGGAAUCUGUCUGUGAAGAAAGAAGGCAUGAUUACUAUUUGUGCCCUGUUUUCUGUGAAACUUCUGUCAUACAAGAGGAACUAGAGUUAUGAACAAAGAUUCUUGGAUUACUGUAGCAAGGUAUGAGAAUUUGUGGAUGGAAAUAUGAACUUAAAUGUAGAAGCAUUUCCCCAUGUUGUAAACUGCAAUCAUUCGCAGAGAUUUUCAAUGUUAAAAUGUUUUCUCAAUGGUAUAUGCAAUAAGUUCUGAUUAUCUUAAUAUCACUUGUUUGAGUUGGUUGAUUCCUCAA